ACUCUUGUGCGAGCCAUUGCUGAGACAGAGUACAUCCCUGUGCACGGCUUUGAGUACGCCGCGAAAGGCGCCAGGGGCGUGUGGUAUGACGUUCAGAUGGCCUCCAUCGCCUCGUUCAUAGGCGACGGCACUCUGACGUUCGACUUUGUGGAGAAGGUGAGUGCACAGGCAUAG